GCUCACACGUGUCAACCGCGCGUUCCACUACUCCACUCGCUCUCUCUCUCUCGCUCCGUCGCCGUUUUACCAAAACACGCCAACCCUCUCUUCCAAACUAACUAAUCUCUCUAUCUUCUUCUCUUCGCGUAGCGCGUCGUCCCCCGCAACGACGUCGUUUCAUGGUUACGUUAUUGUUGUUGUGCUGAUUCUGUCUCCGAACAUCUUCUGAGGGCUUCUCGGCGAUGAGUGGAGUAAUACAUUCUCUGGUGUUUGAUUCCGCGUUUCCAUUUUUCAAUUUCUCUGUCUCGCAUGUAAGAAAUGUUUGAUUGGAACGACGAAGAGCUCGCUAACAUAGUAUGGGGUGAGGCGGGUGAGAGUGAUGAUCAUAUUGUGCCUUAUCCGGAGGCAAGUGAAGAUCUUAAUGACAAGAAAGAAUGGAAUCAGGAAGCUUCUGCUACUAAACUGAUUGAACAGAGGAGAAUAGAGGCUAAAACUGAUUUUCAUCAAGGAAAGCUAGGAAGCAGUUCCAAACUUGAUAUUAUUGAGGGAUCUUCUGCCUCAGAAUCUGGCACAAAGUCAUGGCCUGACUUAUCUUUAUCCAAUGCAGCUAAAACUGAUCAGGGUUCCCUGGGUGCAGAAGUAUCUAAAAAUUUAGAAGAGACUACCCAGCUUGAAAAGGAUGUAGAAAAGCAAGGUGAUUUUGUCAACUAUGCCUGGGAUAACAUAGGAAGCUUUGAUGAUCUUGAUCGAAUUUUCAGCAAUGAUGACCCUAUAUUUGGCCAUGUAAGUCUUGAGAAUUCUGAUGAGCUGUGGUCUUCCAAAGACGUGAGUAACAGUGCAGUACCCAUACUCUUGGAAGCUCCAAACCCAACAAGUGCUUUAAGCAACAGAUCUGAGCCUUUGGAAAUUAAAGCAGAAUAUGUUCAACAGAAUGAUCAAUCAUUUUCCCCUAGAUUUAAGAGGAUUGGCAAUUCUUCAUCUCAUGAUAUUGCGAAUGCUCCUGCAAACACAUUCAAUGUAGGAUAUGAUAGAGAUAGAAUUGCCCCAGCUGAUAAGGAGCAACAGGAUUUUGGGCAAAAUAAUCAGUUGAAAGCUCGGAAAAAAUCACAAGGUAAACAAGAGGUAAAAGCAUUGCAGGAGUUUUAUGGUAGCUGGUCUCCUUCAUCAACUACAUGUGGACAAUUUCAGAAUCAGCAGUCUUCAGUCAUACAGUCUUCUCCCUCUUCAAUUCUUGGGAAACGGAACCAGCUUCAAGGACCUGAGACACUAUACCAGGACAUCAGAAAUACAUAUGUGACAUCCUCUGCAUAUGAGAACCUUACAAAUACAUAUUCUUCUAUGUCAACGCUACCACAAGCACAGUCAGGAGUUCUUAUGCGACAGCCUCUGCUUUCUGGGUAUGAAGCAUCUCUUGGUGUUAUGAAUCCUGUGAGCAAGUCUGUGGACUUAGUUAAGCCUCUUACAAUGACUCCCCAGGAAAAAAUUGAAAAAUUGAGGAGGCGGCAGCAAAUGCAAGCAAUGCUUGCUAUUCAGAAGCAACAGCAAGAAUUCAGCCAUCAAGUUCCUAGCUCUAAUAAAUCAAUGAAUGAAAAAUGUGCCAUAGAAAUGCAUAGUCAACUUUGUGAUGGGGCUGAUCCUGAAAUUGAAGAUUUAAGAACAACUCUAGAUCCACCAACUGAGCAAGAUGAUUCUAAUACAAUCUCUCUGGCAAUUGAUGAUCUUUUUGUUGAAGACACCAUACUGUACAUGCUUCAGGAUGUUAUAUCAAAGUUAGAUGUCAACAUAAGACUCUGCAUUAGAGAUAGCUUGUUCCGGUUGGCUCAAAGUGCUAUGCAAAGGAAUUAUGCUAGUGAUACAAGCAGUACAAACAACAGUAGCAGAGAAGAACUUAAAGUUGCUGCAAGAGAAGAAAGAAGUAGCCAAAACAGAUAUGCUAGGAUUGCUGAUGUUGAAACCAAGACAAAUCCCAUCGAUCGAACUGUAGCUCAUUUGCUCUUUCAUAGGCCUUUGGAUUUAACUGGGAAUUAUCCUGAUAAGCUUGAGUCACCUAUUUCUGCUAAGAUACAAUAUGAAAGCAAAGAAGCUAACCUCGAGAAGUUUCCUAUGGGAUGCUUACCAGAUGAGGACAUGAAAAGUAAUCAACAAAUUUCUCCCCAAGUGCUUGAGGCCCAGCCUCAGGACCAAUUUAAAAACAGUCAUUGCAGAGACUCCUCAGAGAAUGCUUCUAACAAUGAUCUAGCUGAUGCUGGAGAUCAGGUGCUUGAAGCCUCUCAAUGAAGAAAAAGGUUCCCCAGAAAUUGGAGAUAUGCAAAUGUUCUCUGUUAUUGUCAGCUGUCUGGAUCAUAAUCAAGGCAACCGUUAAAGUCUAUCAUCAUAUAAUCCUGAACAGCUGUUUCGCAUGUGCAUGUUAUCAUUAAUAUUUAUGUUUCGUCUGUCAAAAUCUUGACAAUAUAUGUAUCUCAGCAUAUGAACUUACUCAACUUGGUCAGUGCUGACUUAUGUUAAUAAUUACUUCAGACUUGUGUAGUAGUAAAUGCUCCUAAUGUCAAAGACUACGUCAGAUUUGUGUAGUAGUAAUGCCACUCAUGUCAAAUAGUCAAGUCUUCACCCAACUGGUUUGGAUGAAGCUUAAAGUUGGUGUUAGAUUUCUGUAUUAUGUAACUCGUUUUAGUUGCCCCACAUCAAUAGCUAAACCUGUUGACUGUCAUUGAGAUUGAGUCUUGAUAUCAAAUUAUGGUUUUUA